AUGCUCGGCCGUGCUGCUCUCAUAUCAUUGCUCUCGUGCCUCCUGACUAUCAACAUGGUAACCUCGGAUGGCGCGAGCCCCAAGAUGAGACUCUGUAGUGCCGGCAAGGUCGUAGGAGACUUAUUGGACGAUGGAAGUGUCAGCCGGGUGGAUGCCAACGGCUCUCCGUACGGUGCCGCGAGCGGUUCCGGAUGUCAAUGCGACACCAAGGGCUUGAGAUGUCCGACUCCCCCUCAAUCUGGUUACUUGCCCGCCAAAACACCCACUACCUGUGUCGAAUUAGGCCAAUCUUGCGCCUGA